AUGAAGCCCUUGGAGUUCCUGACGACCGCGGCCAUACUCAUUUCGCAGGGUUACGCGCUCACGCCUCCACUUGAUAAGUACGACGUCUUUACCCCGCAAUGGGAGAUUGAGCUUGCCCCGGGCGGUCCUCUUGUUGUCCUUAACGGGACGGUUCAAGAGGUUCACGCGGAGCUUCUCAAGCUUAAUCCUAGCUGGGACACGGAUUUCGCGGGUGUUGAAGACGGCACCGUCAUGCCUUCCCCGCCGAAUCCGCAAACGAGGUUCCCUACUCUCAAGGGCAAGGUUGCCAUCGUCACGGGAGCAUCACGAGGCAUCGGCCGCAGCAUUGCGCUCGAGCUGGCGAAACAGGGAGUCAAGGUCGUCGCAACGUACGUGUCGCCGAGCAGCAAGGAUGCGAUGCAAGACCUUGUUGAACAGGUCAAGCGGAUGAAAGGGUCGUCGGACUGCUACGGCGUGCGGGCAGAUCUGAGCGACUCAUCAAGCGCGAAGACAAUCGUCGACGAAACCGUCGCUGCCUUCGGACCACACAUCGACAUUGUCGUCAACAAUGCGGGCAUUGAGGUAGUGAAGCCGCUGUCUGAGAUUGAAGUUUCAGACUUCAACAAUGUCUACAACGUCAACGUUCUCGCCCCGAUCCUGCUCAUGCGGCAGGUCAAGCCGCGACUGAGGAGGCCGGGUCGAAUCAUCAACAUCGGAUCCGUCGGCGCGCGGUCCGGGUUCAAAGAUCUGUCUCUGUACUGCUCUUCCAAAGCAGCACUGGAAGGCUUGACGCGGUGCUGGGCAGCAGAGCUUGGAUCAGAUGGGCAUAGCGUCAACGUCGUCAACCCGGGGCCCGUGCAAAGCGACAUGCUAGACAACAUUCCACAGGACAUCAUUUCGAUGCAAAAGGCUACGACACCAUUACAGAAUCGCCUAGGGACGUUUAACGACGUCGCGCAAAUUGUCGCGUGGCUGGCAAGUGAAGAAAGUCGGUGGGUAACAGGGCAAGCCAUCUCGGCGAGCGGCGGAUGGGCCAUGUACUAA